UUCUACUUGAAUAAGAGGGAUUAGGUUUUCAGCACGUUGAAGUGACCAAUCAUGGUAGACUCCUCUUCACCGACGAUUGACCGCAAUGUAAAGUACUAGUCGAUUAUAGUAUUGCAAUGACCAACAACCCUAUAAAUUUCACUCCUUUUUGGCAACAUGCCUCCACUCGAACUUGCUGAACUUUGUUAGGAUUAUAUUGUUGGAUCCAUCAUGGCAGACAAGCAAAUGGCCAGUUUGAUCAUUAAGGCAAAUCUCGAGUGUGAAAAGUGUUGCAAGAAGAUCCAGAAAGUCCUUAACAAACUCAAAGACAAGGAGAAGAUCAUUAACAUCGUUUAUGAGAACUCGAACAAUAGGGUGAUCAUAUCGGGCCAUUUCAAGCCAGAGGAGCUCGCCCAUAAGCUAAGAUGCAAGGCCUGCGGGGUCAUCAAAGACAUUGAAUUUGGGAAGCUUGCAGAGGCAAAGAAGGAGGAGAAGAAGCCGGAUCAGGCCAAGAAGGAGGAGAAGAAGCAGCCUGAGGAAAAGAAACCUGAGGAGAAGAAGAAAUCCGAGGAGGAGAAGAAGAAGGGCGACGAGAAGAAACCGGAGGAAGGCAAGAAGGAAGAGAAGAAGGAGGAGAAGCCAAAGGUGAAGGAGGAGACCAAGGCCACGCCGGCGCCGUCGUCGACGACGGUGAACCUGCAGUUCACCAACAUGUGCGGCAUCUGCUACCCGUGGCCGUGCAGCGACCCCACCCACUGGGGCGCCGGCGUCGUCCACCCGCAGUGGCCGCAGUGCGAAGCCCCGGCGGCGGCGUUGCCAGCGUUCGUCCCUGGCCACCACCACCACCAGCUCCCGCCAUGGGGCGGCGUUCCGGCGCCGAAGUGGCCAUGCGGAGGCCCCUCGUACUGCGGUGGGUGCGGCACCUGCCGCGGCGGCGGGUGGCCGGCGGCGGCGCCGAUGCAGGCGAUGUGCUGCCCUGGGCCGUCGUCGUGCAGAGGGUGCAAGGGUUGCCGGCUCGUUCAGGAGGGCAAGUUCGUGUACGAGGAGUACCCGGCGGCGAGCGCAUGUGCCGUCAUGUGAUGUGAUCAUCUUCCCCUCGCCGCAAUGUCAUCGUUGACAUUCUCUCGAUCUGUCUCUCUUUCUUUCUUCCAUCUGCAUCUGAUCUGAAGCUACUAGUGGUUUGUUCGGUCAUCCAACUGCAGCGAAGAAACUCUUCCAGCUGCCAUGUUCGCAUGCACGGCAGUUUCUUUUUUCCUCCUAAGUUAAACUAUUUUUGCUGGAGCAUUUAACCCUGUAAAUUUUUUUCAGUUUGUUCUACACUUUAUUUUACUCUGUAAUAGUAUUUCUCUCUUUCUUCCUCCUAUGUAAGUUGUAUUUUUCGUAGAAAUUUGAUAAAGAUGAUAGAUGUAUUAUACUA